AUGCGCAACGACGGCAUGCCGGUCAAGGACAUUGCCGAGCAAAUGAGAUGUAGCACCAACUACAUCUACCGUGUCUUAAGGAAAGCCAACAGUACAGAACCGAACAAAAAGAAGCAAAGGAUAUCGGACUCGAAUGCGCCAGCAUCCAAUGCCGCUGCCGCAUCGACUGUUGCUCAGCGUACUGAUGUUGAAGAGGGACGGGAUCAGCUGCUGGAAGAUCUCACCGACUCCAGUGCUUCUCUGCUGUGUGCUGUCGAUAGCAUGGAAGUGUCAGCGUACGAUCCGAUUCCGAUGCCGAAGUCGGUGCGAGGCGCUGAGCGCCGAGCACAAUCCCAAGUCCGUCAAGACGCAGUGAACGCCAGUGUUGCGUUCGGCGCCGAUGCAAAUGUCAAUUGCAAUGUUGCCAAGCCACAAGCUGCACAGAGCUCAGAAGAGUUUUGGCUCUUGCCGGAUGCUGCGCCUUCAACUUGUCGUCCGGGUUCACCGAUGAGUAAAACCGCGUCCUCCAAUGCUUCCAGGGCCAACCAAGUGCAAUUGCAGUCUUUAACGAGACAAAAGUCUCGAGCUUCGACCAAAACAACGAGCGCUCCAGCAACGUCUUCUUCGUUGCUUGUGAGCCUCCAUGUCCCACGCUCCAGAUCAGAGCUCACGCACAACUCGAGAGCAUCUCCUGAUGGUCUCAAUGACAUCCUCAAGCUGAUCAAAGACGAAAUUCGACGCCUUGAAGGCAUGAAUCAGUCCGAUAUCUACGACGCUCAACUGCUGCAGAUGCUGGUGAAGUUCCACGCCGAGAUGUUGCUCGUGCAACUUCAGAAAACGUUGUCUGUUGGCGAUUCGAGCAAGCGAGCCAGAGACGAAGGGAAGGAAACCAACCGCCUACUUCGCCAGAAGCUGGCAAAGGAGAUCGCACUAUUGAACGUCCAAGCCGACCGUGAACGACUGGAGCUGGAACGGGAGCAGAUCCGACACAAGACGACCUCGAUGAUCUGCCGCAAGACACUCCUGGACGCCAACGCGUCCCCUAUAGACGUAGAUCAACUCUUCCCUCGCAAUUAG